AAUCGGAAUGAGAUACGUCGAAUCGACGAAUGGACGCGAUGUUUCCUCGUGGGUGACAGCAGUCUCGUCAUUCACUACUUUCGGUGGCCGCGACCCUAACUGCUUCAGGUACAACGCGAUAUUUAGACGAAUAUGGGCCAAUGACAAAGGAACGCGCAGGGUCGACAGUAGAUUCUUCAGCGCCACGAUAGGUUCUUCGAUAAUAAACACACAUAUCAAGAUAAUCUCACUAUAUCAAGUCGGCCCUGCGGAAGCGAUUGAUGCGUAUCGACACACCCGAGAUGCCUUAAUUAGAACAAGUGUGAAGAUUCAAUCUUAUAAUGUUCGAUAUUUCAAAGAGAAUUUAAGAGGAUAAUUAUUAAAGCUUCGCCAACAUCGGGCAUUGAACAUCAACGGCCAUGAAGACCUACAAUGUACGAAGCUUCCAUUGCGUGAAUGGCCUUGGUCGAAGCUGCGUGUUAGCGUCGAUAAACGAUGUAUUGAUCGAUCCGUUGUAUAAAACUUAUUUAUUUCCU